AUGAAGGGGCUCUUCUCCUUGGGUUCAAAGAAUGGGCACAGCAGAUGCUUCGGGCUCUCCGUGAGACCAUUCGGAUUAGGGCCGCCACUGACUGGGAGAUUCUUUGCGCAGGCUGCCCAUCCCCCGACCACCGCGCCACCCGUGAAAAAAGACCUGCACUCCCCGCAGAUCUCCCCGCUCGAAAAGCGGUUACAGGAUAUGGGCGCCAUUCGUGGCGAUGGCAGUGACAAGUUCUAUGGAAUGGAAAACUAUGGUAACACGUGUUACUGUAACUCCAUCCUACAAUGCCUCUACUACUCGGUGCCCUUCCGCGAAGCCGUCAUUAACUAUCCGCAACGCACUCCGCUGGACAGCCUCGAGGCUGCGCUUGCAAAGAAUCUACGAUACCAGAACCCGAAUGCACACAUCGAAGCCGAGGCCCUGGCUGCCAAACAGAAGGCCGCAUCGCCACCAUCUGCGCGUCAGGCCGGUGUGCCCCCAAAUCAACCACAGAAACCGGAGGAUAAGGAUUCGCCGGAGUACAAGAAGAAGGUAGCGCUGCAGACCCUUCCAAUCCUGGAGACCAAGAACAAUGCGGGCAGCUAUGGGAUGUCAGAGUCUCUUUUCACAUCGCUCAAGGACAUAUUCGAGUCGGUGGUAGGAAGUCAAGCACGCAUUGGCAUCGUUCGCCCCCAACAGUUCCUGGACGUUCUACGGCGAGAGCACGAAAUGUUCCGGACCGCCAUGCAUCAAGAUGCGCACGAAUUCUUGAAUCUACUCCUCAACGAAGUCGUGGCCAAUGUUGAAACGGAGGCCACCAAACAAGGGUUUGCGGAGAAGGCUUUGCCACCAACAGAGAGCGCCGAUUCAUUAGGAAUACAGACAUCCAGCACGGGUUCGAAGUCACCGAAUACUACGAGAUGGGUUCACGAGCUGUUCGAGGGAACUUUGACGUCUGAGACAAAGUGUCUCACUUGUGAAAAGGUUUCCCAGCGAGACGAAGUGUUCUUGGACCUCUCGGUGGAUCUGGAGCAGCAUUCGUCUGUAACCUCGUGUCUCCGCAAGUUCUCAGCCGAAGAGAUGCUUUGCGAGCGAAAUAAGUUCCAUUGUGACAAUUGCGGAGGACUGCAAGAAGCAGAAAAGCGAAUGAAGAUCAAGCGCUUGCCUCGUGUGCUGGCUUUACACUUGAAGCGUUUUAAAUACACCGAAGACUUACAGCGAUUACAGAAGCUGUUCCAUCGCGUUGUUUACCCCUACCAUCUGCGCCUGUUCAACACCACAGACGAUGCCGAGGAUCCGGACCGCCUUUAUGAAUUGUAUGCGGUGGUUGUGCACAUUGGUGGAGGACCGUACCAUGGCCAUUACGUUGCCAUCAUCAAGACCGAAGACCGCGGUUGGCUGCUGUUUGACGAUGAACUCGUGGAACCGGUGGACAAGAAUUACGUGCGCAACUUCUUCGGAGAUCGACCUGGAUUGGCGUGUGCCUAUGUCCUAUUCUAUCAAGAGACAACUAUCGAGGCUGUUAUGCGGGAGCAGGCGCAGGAGAAUCAGGCUCACACCCCUGUGGGCCCCGAAACAAGCGAAGCUGGGAAGACUAAUGGAUACUCGCACUCCCCGCCGCUAGCUCACGCCCAAAGUGCAUCUCAGGUCCCUCCUGAACAGGCAGCUCCCUUCUCUCCUAUCACCCGAAUCCCAACGGCACCUCCGUUGUCCACUUACCAAGAAGAAGCUCCAGAAUCUCACCCAGCUUCGCCGCGGCCUGUCCAGCCAUCUCUCCCCUCGAUCCCUGAUGUACCAGCUCCUCCGUUGAGUCCAAAGAAGAGCGAUCACCAACUACGGAAGGAACGUCGUGCAUUGGAAAAAGAGAAGGAGAAGAAUGAAAGACAUCGCCUGAAAGAGCAGGAGCAACACAACCGAGAGAUGCACCGACGAGAGACAGAAGAUUUGAAAAGAGCCAUCGAGGCCAGCAAGAUCGAGUCGCACGAUCUCACUGCUGAGAACGGAUCACCAAGGAAAUCGAGCGGUUUCGGCUUCUUACGAAGGGGUAGCCGUAGUCUCAGCCACCGGCUAAACAAAGAGAAGGAGCCUCGAGUCUCGACGUCUGAUCUGUCCACAGCGCCGCUUGUCCCAGAGGUUGUUCCAGAAGCAUCACAGAGCGAGACAGAACCGGCCCAGCCAGUCAAGCAGCCAGUUCAGCCAGUUCAUUCGCCGGUCUCUCCGAGGGAUUUCUCGCCCAUCUCCCACCCCAAACAACCCAAACAAUCCAUCCGGACUCCCGAGCUCUUGGCCAAGGACCACACCCACCAUUCGAAACCCGGUCAUAUCCCGCGGUGGAGGUCCUUCAGCUUCAAGAAGGUGUCAUGA